CUUUUUUAAUUAAAAAAUGAGUAGUGUCUAAUUUGUCAAUUCUAAAGCUGAAGUGCUUCGUAAAUAUUAAGCAUUAGCAAUGAACAUAAAUGCAGCAGCUGGUUUGAUGGAGGUCAUGAAAUCAAAUUUAGGACCUAAGGGUACCUUAAAAAUGCUUGUGGGAGGUGCUGGAUAAAUAAAACUUACGAAGGAUGGUGCUGUUCUAUUAUCAGAGAUGUAGAUAUAGCAUCCAACAGCAGCUAUGAUAGCUAGAAGUGCAACAGCUUAGGAUGAUAUAAUUGGUGAUGGUACAACCAGCAAUGUUUUAUUGAUUGGCGCAUUAAUGAAAUAAGCAGAAAGAUUAUUGGCUGAAGGAAUUCAUCCAAGAGUAAUUACAGAAGGUUUUGAGCUUGCAAGAAAGGAGGCCUUAUCAUUUUUAGAUACCUUUAAAUACUAAUAAAUAGAUAAAGCUGUGUUAAUAAAUGUGGCCAGAACUUCAUUAAAUAGCAAAUUGACACCCGAUGUUGCAAAUUAGUAUAUACUAUAUAAAGAAAAUAUUUAGAAUUAUCGAGAUAGUUGUCGAUGCAGUUUAAAUUGUGUAAGUGCCUGAAAAGCCUAUAGACUUAUUUAUGGUUGAGAUUAUGCAUAUGUAACAUAAGAUGGGGGCAGAAACAGAAUUGAUUCGAGGAUUAGUGUUAGACCAUGGUGCAAGACAUCCAGACAUGCCUAAAUUUGUUAAGAAGUGCUACAUCUUAAAUUUGAAUGUCUCUUUGGAAUAUGAGAAGACUGAAGUAAAUUAAAAAUAAAUUAAUAGGUUCACAGCGGAUUCUUUUAUAAUACAGCUGAAGACAGAGAGAAAUUAGCUAGAUCUGAAAGAAAAUUGACAGAUGACAAAUGUCAAUAAAUUAUUGAUUUCAAGAGAAAGGUUUGUGAGAAGAAUGGUUAUGGAUUUGCAGUUAUCAAUUAAAAAGGAAUAGAUCCAGUCUGUUUAGAAAUGUUUGCCAAAGAAGGAAUUGUUGGUAUCAGAAGAGCAAAAAAAAGAAAUAUGGAAAGAAUUGCAAAGGCCUGUGGUGGUAAUUCAGUUAAUGCAGUUGAGGAUUUGACUGAAAGUGACCUCGGAUACUGUGAAGUGGUAACCAUUUUACUUUAUAAUUAGUUAAGAGAAUAUACCUUAGGAGAAGAGAAGUACACUUUUAUUGAAGGAGUGUAAAAUCCUACUUCAUGUACAAUUUUGAUUAGAGGACCAAAUGAACAUACUAUUGCCUAAAUCAAGGAUGCUAUUAGAGAUGGAUUAAGAGCUGUUAAAAAUGCUGUUGAAGAUAAAUGUGUUAUUCCUGGAGCUGGUGCCUUUGAAAUUGCUACCAGUGUUCAUCUUUAAAAGUUUAAGGAUUCUGUUGCUGGAAAGGCUAAAUUGGGAGUCUAAGCAUUUGCUGAGUCAUUAUUAGUUAUUCCAAAAGCCUUAGCAGAAAAUUGUGGAUAUGAUGUUUAAGAAACACUCAUUUAAGUUACAGAUGAGUUUAUCAAACAUAACAUUCCAGUUGGAGUAAGUAUUAAUGAAUAAGGUUUCAUUGCUCCGAUUGCCAAUGGUAUUUUUGAUAAUUAUUGUUCCAAAAGAUCAUGGCUGAACAUUGCACCCACAUUAGCUUAAUAACUUUUGUUAGUUGAUGAAGUAACCUUUUAUAUAAUUAUUUUAGAUUAUGAGAGCUGGCAAACAAGCUGGUGGAGCUCAAUAGUGAAAAGAAUGAAAUAAUUAUUGUUUACAUUUAUACAUAAAUAAAUAUAUUCCUA